ACCACAUGCUGAAGAAGAAAAAUGUAGGCAACAAAAGCGUUGCUUAUGCCACUUGUCUGUGAGUUUUGCAGCAAAGGUUCUUCAUUUUUUUUUAAUCGGUUUUGCUUCUUUUCUUCCUUCUGCGUCUAUGCACCCAUCUCCAUCUCCGGCAAACCCUAUCUAAAUUUAACGAAUAAAACAAGUGAGCUGUUGAGCGAACAUGGAUUCUGGGUCUCUUGUUAAAAUUCAUUUAGUUAUUCGCUUCCGUUGAUUUUUCCCCUUUUCUCAGUAAUUAAAGAUCUCUUGGAAAUUCUUAGACAUAGUUGUUAUGGAGGCUUAAAGUCUAACUCCUGCAACGUCGGGAAGGAAAAAGCUUAGUUAAGGAUGAAGAGGAUUACCUCGAUGGGUUCUGCAGAUGGAAUGUCUGCAAUAGAACUUGAAAAUAGAAACCUAAUUAUUGCUUCUUCAUCAUUUCCUAGAAGAAGCUCUUCCUUUGAAGAGGCUUCAUCUCUAAAUCAUGACAAAGGGAAGCUCUCAGUUGUAAGAAGUAAGGUGUUUAGUAGCAUAAAAGUGGUGGUCCUCUCUGCCAAAAUAAACGUACUCAUGCCCUUCGGCCCUUUGGCUAUUUUGCUUGAUAAGUUGUUUCAUAAUCAUGCAAUUGGUUUGUUUUACGGGACCUACAGAAGCAUCCAUUGUAAUCUUAGAAGGGUAAGUGCUAGCUUUGAUAUUUUUCUGAGGAUUUUGAUUUUUAAAAUUGGGAGUCUUUUGAAUGCCACAUUUGGAAAUGCAACUGAGCUGAUCAUAUCAAUACAUGCCCUCAAAAGUGGCUUGAUUCGUGUUGUUCAGCAAUCACUGUUAGGUUCAAUUCUGUCAAAUCUAUUGCUAGUUCUUGGAAGUGCAUUCUUUGCUGGUGGGCUAGUGUUUUAUGACAGAGAACAAAUAUUUAACAAAGCAGAUGCUACAGUAGAUUUUGGGCUGCUUUUGAUGGCUGUAAUGGGCUUGUUAUUUCCAUCAGUUCUUCAUUCUACAAAUACAGAAGCUAUUAAUUGGAAGUCUGAGUUGGCUCUUUCAAGAUUUACUAGCUGUAUUAUGCUUGUGGCUUAUGCUUCUUAUAUAGCAUUCCAACUCAACGGGCGUAAGAAUGCACAAGCUCCAGUGGAUGAUGAGGAAAGGGGUCUGAGUGAAGUGGAUUCAGCUGAUGCAGAGGCUCCUGAGAUUUCUAUGUGGGAAUCAAUAAUCUGGUUGUCUAUCUUGACAGUGUGGAUAUCAAUCCUGUCAGAAUAUUUGGUUAACACCAUAGAGGGGGCAUCGGAAGACUUGAAAAUACCCAUACCAUUUAUUAGUGUUAUUCUUCUCCCUAUAGUUGGGAAUGCCACGGAACAUGUCGGCACUAUUAUAUUUGCUGUGAAAGACAAGCUAGACAUAUCUCUUGGAGUGGCUAUAGGUUCUUCUAUUCAAAUAUCCUUGUUUGUGAUUCCUUUUUGUGUGGUUACGGGUUGGAUAGUUGGGCGCCCAAUGGACUUGAAUUUUCAACUUUUUGAGACAACUUCUCUCUUCAUAGCUGUUGUGAUUGUUGCUUUCAUGCUUCAUAAUGGAACAUCCAACUACUUAAAAGGAUUGAUGCUUAUUCUUUGCUACUUGAUUGUGGCGGCAAGUUAUUUUGUACAUGUUGAUCCUCCUUCAAUACAAACAUAGGUAAUGCUAAUUGAGCAGUUCUGCCCUUGGAAUUCCAUUAUGAAUGAUCGUUCACACCUAUAACAGUGUUUUCAAAGGUACAUGAAAUUAAACGAGUAGUAAAGGUGGAUUUACUUCUGCAUAAGCUCCGUGUUACGUCCUCAUCAAAUAUAUAUUUCAUUAACAAGCUCAAUUCAAUGAUGUACUUUGUCUUCAAAGUUAUUCUCAAUUCAUGCACAGUUGUCAAUAUAAAGUAUUAUAAUACAUACAAAUCUUAAUAGUACCAUUCAUAUAUUUAAGUUACAUGCAAUAUAU